AUGGUAGUCUCACAAAUUUCAUCUGCAGAUAUAUUACACUUCAAUUCUCCUCAUUUGAUCUCCGAUCUGCCCACCGAACUAAAGUCCCGAAUUAUUGGUUUUCUUUCCGCACACGAUGUCACUAGCCUCCGUCUCACAUCGAGAGCCUGGGCCGGCGUAUGCGUCAUUGGAAUUUUCAAUGUCUGCACUGGACAGUCUAUCGAAAAAGGCGUGUUCUCCAUUCGACCACACCUCGAUGAUAUGACACGAUUACGAUCAAUUGCCAGUCUACCAUGGCUAGCGAAAGUAAUCAAACAUGUAAAAAUAUAUGUUGGGGAUCUCGACAUGCUGGAAUUCGAUCAUGAAGUUCAAAACGUGAACAAGUAUACUAAAAUUGAGAGCAUGUUCGAGAACAUGCUUUUCCAUUCUCUUUCACAACUCCCUGCCGUCAAGUCUGUUACUGCCACGGCUACAGAAUGUCCAUUUCUUGAAUCUGAGAUCAAUUUUACAUUGGCAUGGAAGCAGUUGAUUCGAAGAUGGAAUCGUGAGCCAGAUGCUCUUUACGACUCUUAUGAUACCACAUUUCCAACAAGAUCCGGCAUCCGACAUCUUAGUAUAUUGCUCGCAACACGACAACUUCAACAACCUCUUCAAAAACUAGCAUUGGAUUCUUUUCCUGUUGAUCUUUUUGUUGGUCACGAUAUAUAUGAUGAUGAAGACACGACUGAGCGAUCUUUUGGAAUACAUACUCAUUUCCUUCAUGAUAUGCAAAUUCUUACAUCUAAAGUCCAGGACCUUCGCAUUGGUAUCAAUUCCAUCAGCAAUAAUGCGACAACCUACGAACAUACACAUGUACUUGCUAAAUCUAUGAAUAUGUUCAUAGGAUCCAUGAAAUUUCUUCGGUCUUUGAAUAUCACUUUGAACAUGUCCUUUCGAUUUCCCAAUGAUUCAAUGGAAUUGAUGAAUCAAGUUGAUUUUUAUUCUAAUACAUUUCCACAUCUGGAAAACUUGGGUCUUUCGAAGGCAAAAAGUUUCGAUACAGCGUUCUACUCAUUCAUAUUCCGUCAUAAAUCAACCCUUAAAUCUUUAUUCCUUGGGCAUGAUUUCUUUCUCGUUCCUCAAAAUAGAUCUAAAGGUUGCGUAUCCUGGAAAUCUAUUCUAUUCAAAUUACGAGACUCGUUGACGUUGCAGAGAUUUCAGUUACUAGUAAGUGCUAGUGAUCAGCAGAUCUAUGAUCAGGAUUGGGAGCCCGUAAUACUAGAUGGGGAUAGUUUAUCUGAUGCCAAGUUAUUCGAGAUGUUUGUUUUGGGGAAAUGGGUAUGGCCGAUGAUAAACAUGGAUUAUCCUCAUUGGAGACGAUUGGAUGAGUGGAAGGGGUGGGUUAGGAGAGAUGGUUGGGGUAAAUUGAAGUCGAGGUCGAGAAGGGAUAUCAAGCAAUUGGAAUGGCGGGAUAUAAAUUUAUAG